UUUUUUAUAUGUAGAAGUUGAGAGAUAGAAAAAAUAGAAAAAAGAGAGAGAGAGAGAUGGCUUCCCACCUCUCAUUUUCCACUCCUUCAGCUCUAUGGGGUUCAUACUUAAACCCCAAAUCUUCCUCUUUAUGUCAGUUGAAUUUGAAGAAGAGGGGAGGAUCUCAUGUGAGCUGCAGCUCGGAGAAUGAGAGUGGUACUUCUGAUUCUUCCGAGCAUUCACAGGAACCUGUAGAGGAAAAGAGAUCUCAAACGUCAGUCUCACGGAGAUGGUGUCUGACUUGCCUAUGCUCAACUGGAGCUCUGAUAACUGCUUCUGGAAAUCCUAUUUCUGAACCAAAAGCAAUUGCCUUAGAUGGAAAUGAAAGCCCUGGCUGUCGGAAUUGUGGGGGUAGUGGCGCUAUAAUUUGUGAUAUGUGUGGUGGUACAGGAAAAUGGAAAGCUCUAAACAGAAAACGAGCUAAAGACGUUUAUGAGUUCACUGAAUGCCCCAAUUGUUAUGGACGAGGGAAACUAGUAUGUCCUGUAUGUUUAGGAACUGGUUUACCUAAUAAUAAAGGUCUUCUUAGGCGGCCAGACGCAAGGAAGUUACUUGACAAGAUGUAUAAUGGACGACUGUUGCCAAACUCAUAAGGU